GAACACUUUGAGAUAAACAGGGACAGAGAAAUAUGGCAGAAGAAGCUCCAGCAGCUGCACCGGCUAAAGCCCCGGCCAAAGCCCCCAAGAAGAAGGCGGUCCGGUCCAAGACGGACGGACCCAGUCUCCCGAAGCUGAUCAUCGCCGCUGUGGCCGAGUCCAAGGAGCGGAAGGGGAUCUCACUGGCUGCGAUCAAGAAGGUGCUGGCGGCCAAGAAGGUGGAUGUGGCGAAGUCCAACAAACGCAUCAACACCACCGUCACCAAGAUGGUCACCAAGGGGGUUCUGACCCAGACUAAGGGCACCGGAGCCUCCGGUUCCUUUAAGCUCGCUAAGACGGAGCCCAAAGCCUCCAAACCGGCCAAGAAGGUGAUCAAGAAGAAGACUCCCGUUAAAGCCAAGAAACCCGCCGCCGCCGCCGCCAAAGCUAAGAAACCUGUCGCGGCCAAGAAGGCAGCAGCUAAGAAGACAGCGGUCAAGAAGUCCCCGAAGAAGGCAGCAGUCAAGAAAGCUGUCAAGAAGACGCCGAAGAAGAGCCCCAAGAAGCCCGCCGCUAAGAAGCCCAAAGCUGCAGCCAAGAAGCCCGCAGCCAAGAAAAGUGCAGCCAAGAAGCCUACAGCUAAGAAAGCUGCAAAGAAGUGAAGCUGCUUCAUCUCCACUCACUCAUAAGCAAAGGCUCUUUUCAGAGCCACCACAGUCUCCACUAAAGAGCUGCUGCCUCACUCAUCACUACAUCACCACUCUCACAAUACAUUCAUUAGAUUACAUUCAGAACUUAAUACAUUUUUGUGAAAAUUUAGUCGUAUUAAGGAUUUUCACUUGUUCUUUUCUCAUGCAUGUUUUGUAUCUUUCCACCAUUUGAGUCUAUGAAAUCAUUAAAGCCUUAAUCUCAAAAUUG